UGACAUGGUGAAAUUCAGGAAUUGCUCCUUCGUCACCCUGUGUCCGUCAGAUGAAAUUUGACUAAGAAGGCACCAUGGAGAGGGUUGAGGUUGACGCGGACUUUAUUAUUGCCGGCAAUUGGAAGCUACAUGGAGAACUAUGUAAGAAACUUUACACUGUAGUUCAUGAAGUUUCGAAUGCCAUCCCUGCCCUUGAGGCUACAAGACCUGGAAGUAGUUCUGGACUUCUGGCAUUGAGUUCCUUGCGCAUAGCUGUUGAUAAGGCCAAGAAUCUACUUCAGUAUUGUUCAGAGUGUAGCAAACUUUACUUGGCUCUAACAGCAGAAUGUGUUCUUACAAAAUUUGAGAAAGCAAGAUACGCUCUUUUGGAAAGUCUUCAUCAGUUAGAGGAAACACUCCCAGAAGCAUUUAAUUCUCAGAUUCCAGAGAUCGCACAUGAGCUGGAGAACUCAAUUUUUGCUUUAGAUCUGGCCGAAAAACAAGCUGGUGAUGAAGUGAAACAAAUAAUUCAGAAUGAGAAGAAAUCCAAUGGAUUCCUUGAUGACAGUGAACUUGAAUUCUUUCGGCAAACUGUUUUGAGAGUUGGCGUUACAUCAUCAGCUGCAGCUCUUGCUGAGAGAAGAGCGCUUCGAAGGCUUCUUGAGAGAGCCCAUGCAGAAGAAGACACGAAGAAAGAAUCAAUAGCAGCCUAUCUACUGCAUCUCUUGAGAAAAUACUCAAGUCAUUUUAGGAGUGAAACAAUGGAUUCCAUCAACUCUCAGUGCUCGAGUCCUUCAUGCUCCUUCAGUUCAAUAUCUAGCUCAGUUGAUCUCCAUGGAAAUGCCCCUGCUCUUGAGAAGCUCCUGCCUAGGUCUGGCUCCUUUAAUUUCAAACAGAUUAAAGGCUUAUCAGGGAGCAUGCCAUUGCCACCUGAGGAACUAAGGUGUCCAAUCUCCCUGCAGCUCAUGUAUGACCCUGUUGUCAUCGCAUCUGGUCAGACAUACGAGCGAGCUUGCAUUGAGAAAUGGUUUAACAGUGGCAACACAAGCUGCCCAAAAACUCGGAAACAGCUGUCCCAGCUUUCCGUGACACCUAAUUACUGCAUCAAGGGUCUGAUAACAUCCUGGUGUGAAAAAAACGGGGUUCCAGUUCCAUCCGCCCCGCCGGAAUCUCCAAAGCUCAAAUAUUUGCGGAUAACAUCUCUAAAAAGUAGCAAAUGCCUGGUGACUAAUGGUGUUAGCACGAUUUUGUUCGAAGAAACAGGCGCAAAAGAUGACAAGUGCAACACUGAUGCUGCUUUGGAGAAGUGCUCGAGUCAGAACUCCAGAGAGGCGAUAUCUGAGGGAUGCGAAGAGGAAGAAGAGGAGGUCUCUGUGGAGAAGUGCUCUUAUGAGAAUAACCCUGGAGAGGCUGCACCUGAGAGAUGUGAACGUUGGCUGCAUGUGUUGAACAAGGGUAGCGAGUGUAUCGAUGAACAGCGUGAGGUGGUGGAGCAGAUCAGGUUCCUGUUAAAGGAUGAUGAUGAACUCAGGGACUAUGUGGGUGCUAAUGGUAUUACUGAGCCGCUCACUUGCUUCCUGAAGAUGGCUGUCAGCAAAGAAGAUGUGCAGUCUCAGGAGGUUGGAACAAUGGCUCUUUUCAAUCUUGCUGUCAGCAAUAACAGGAACAAGAAGCAGCUGCUCUCAGCUGGAGUUAUCCCCCUGAUGGAGCAGAUGAUACAGAAACCAGAGACCUGCGAGGCUGCCGUGGCGAUGUACCUAAACCUCUCUUGCCUGGAGGAGGCGCAAGCCAUCAUCGGUUCGAGUGAAGCUAUCCAUUUCCUGAUCAGCAGCCUGCGCGAAGAAGGCGCCCGGAGCAACACCUGCCGCCUCGACGCUCUCCUGACGCUGUACAACCUGUCCCUGCACGCACCCAACAUCCCGCUCCUCCUCUCCUCGGGCAUCGUCCACAGCAUCCACACUGUGCUGACGCCGUCGUCCUCGUGGACGGACAAGGCCCUGACCGUGCUGAUCAACCUGGCCAUGACUUGGGCCGGGAAGAAGGAGGUCGCAGCGAACCAGGCGAUCGUGGGCGACAUUGUGCUCAUCCUCGACAACGGGGAGCCAGCGGAGCAGGAGAAGGCCGUGUCAUGCCUGUGGAUCAUCUGCAACGGCGACGAGGGGUGCAGCCAGACGGUGCUCCAGGAAGGCGUGAUCCCGGCGCUGACCGAAAGUGCACUGGAGGCUAGUAGACUAAUCGAUGAUCUUGGCCUCGAGGGCAGACUGCAGUAUCCUAAUUCCCAGCACAAGCGCUACACUGUUAAAGAUGGAGCGCCAGCACUGAUCCCCUCAGAUCCCAUUGCGCUGAUGAAAAGCAGUCUUCUAUCUACGAAAUCAAAGUUUAAGUUAUUUCUGGAACCAUUUCUUUACGAGAAAUCUAGCACAAAUAACUCCAAGAAAGUGUCUGAUGAGCAUAUACGUGAGAGUGUUGGGAGCUUCUUUGAACGCCACUUUGGAAAGGAAGUUGUCGACUAUCUUAUUGAUCCAUUUGUAGCUGGAACAAGUGCAGGAGAUCCUGAGUCAUUAUCUAUCCGUCAUGCAUUUCCAGCGUUAUGGAAUUUAGAAAAGAAGUAUGGUUCUAUCAUUGCUGGUGCCAUCUUGUCUAAACUAACAGCUAAAGGUGAUUCGACUAAGAAAGGAAGCGCUGUAUCAGGAAAAGGAAGGAAUAAGCGGGUGUCAUUUUCAUUUCAUGGUGGUAUGCAGACACUAGUAGAUGCACUUCACAAAGAAAUUGGAGAUGGUAAUGUGAAACUUGCGACUCAAGUGUUGUCAUUGGCAUGUAGCUGUGAUGGACUCUCUGCAUCAAAUGGGUGGUCAAUUUUUGUUGAUUCAAAGGAUGCUAGUAACAGGGAGCUCGCAAAGAACCAACCCUUUGAUGCUGUUAUUAUGACAGCUCCACUGUCUAAUGUCCAGAGGAUGAAGUUUACAAAAGGUGGAGCUCCCUUUGUGCUAGAUUUUCUUCCUAAGGUGGAUUAUCUGCCGUUAUCCCUCAUGGUAACAGCUUUUAAGAAGGAAGAUGUCAAAAGACCCCUGGAAGGAUUUGGGGUGUUGGUACCCUAUAAGGAACAGCAAAAACAUGGUCUGAAAACCCUUGGAACCCUCUUCUCCUCUAUGAUGUUCCCAGAUCGAGCUCCUAAUGACCAACACUUAUUUACAACAUUCGUUGGGGGAAGCCACAAUAGGGAUCUCGCUGGAGCUCCAACGGCUAUCUUGAAACAACUUGUGACCUCUGACCUUAGAAAGCUCUUGGGUGUAGAGGGGCAGCCAACUUUUGUGAGACAUAUACAUUGGAAAAAUGCUUUUCCUCUGUAUGGCCAUGAUUAUGAUUUGGCAUUGGAAGCUAUAGGAAAGAUGGAGAAUGAUCUUCCAGGGUUCUUCUAUGCAGGAAAUAACAAGGAUGGCUUGGCUGUUGGAAAUGUUAUAGCUUCAGGAAGUAAAACUGCUGAUCUGGUGAUCUCGUAUCUUGAGUUAGGCAUCAAGCGAGAUAAUUAACACCCAAGAUGGGCAAGGAGUGCAAUAUAAUUCUGGUGGCCUGAGGCGCACUUAUGUUGUUUGGAACAGUGAUGCUUUCUAAAAAGGCUUACAUUUCAGAACGGAGGUAGUACAUGUUUUGACAACAGAAGUUACUAUCUUGGAAUAUUUCUGUCUUUCCGAGAAUACAUGAUAUGUAUAAUUUAUCAAGUUGAGAUUCUAGCAAUAAAGCCCCCAAAAUUGUAUAGAGCUCAAGAGUUUUGUUGGCCCUCACACGUUUAGGUACCCGGUGCAAGGGUUUUGUGGUGCUCGAUAUUUUAAGAAUUUUUGUUGAAACAACAUUUAUGUAACAUUGUAUUAAAUUUCAGAGAUAUUUGUCUUUAUUUUUUUCUCGGGUCGUGCAAUAAAGUUUGACUUGAAAUUUUGCAGCAUGGUA